AUGUUUGGCCGUUUCUUUAAGAACAAAGAGGAUGGCAAGACUGGUCCCCCAGGCCAUCAACGUCAAGGUGGUUCAAAUGGAUCGACGGAUGAGCUACCAGUCGGUGGAGGAUUUUUUAAUCUACCGCCUCCUGUAUCCAAGCCAUAUGGUGUCACGAACUCGACUGCUUCCAGCAAUUCCGUAACUGCAAUUGGAGCUGGAGCGUACCCGCCUGCUGUGAAUUACAAUAACAAUAGCUCCCAGGAAUAUAAUGGACCUGCUUCUACUCCUGAAAUGUUUGGCGGCAUGUCAUUGCGAGCUCCUGCUAUUUCUAAACCGGUAGGAAGGUUCCAGCCUCAGACUGCGGUUCAGAAUCAGUAUGGAGGCUAUGGAAGCACACCAUCGAGCGCAAUGCCAUCUGUUCAAUCUAGUGGUAGUUUGUUUAAUGGGCUAGCUGUUGCUUCAGUACCACCGGUAGCACAACUUGAUGACAUUUCUCGCAUUUCGAACAUACCGGUACCUGAUGACACUGGGUUGGCGAUUCCCACACAACGGAAAUCAACUAGAAGCUCAGGAUCAUCUCACCAUAUUGAUGUGACUGGUGGAGAAUCAUUUAAUGCGUCACGAUAUUCGCGCACGAGUACAGGCAGCAAUGCGACAUCAAGAUCAAGUACAAAGGCUGCAAAAAAGAAAAAGAAAAAAACAUUUCGUCCUGGUUUUGGUCGACAAUUGUCUGAUGAAUCUGCGGCAGCAUUACAACGUGGAGACUUAAAAGAAGAUGAUGUUAUAUCUCAGCAACGAGAAGGACGUCGUCUAUCCGACCGAUCGGAUAGUUCUCGUAGCUCGCGAAGUGCGACAAAUCCUACGGAUUUGGCCCAUUUAUUGCCUCCAGUUACUUCAGGCUCGGUUUUGCAAGGAUUGACGGUUCACAAAGGUAGCAUUACUUCUAGUGGCGGUGUUCUAGCUGGUCUUACAGUUCAUAAACCAGCUUCACCUGUGCCAUCUCCACCAAAGAUGGUGGCUCCAGUCGAAACGGAAUCAAGUGGGAUGUUGUCGGGCUUAAAUAUUCACAAAAUGCCGAUCAGUAUCACGAAUGAUAAACCCGAAGCUAUGAUCAAUGCUGUAGUGGAGGAACCUCAUGACGUAUACAAACCGCUCCCACCUCCUGAACCCAGUAAAGCCCCGUUGACUCCGGAAGAUCGACUGUUUAACACUUUGCGUGACUUUCAUGAAAGUGCCGUGGGUUUUCGUAAACUUACGGUCAAGCAGAAUGAAGAAGAAAAUCGACUUUUGGAACGCAAGACACACCUUACAAACCAAUUAGCGCAGUAUGAAAUGGAUUUGCGAGACAUUGAGGCACAACAACAUCAUGCAUGUGAGGUCGAAGAUUUUGAGAAAGCAGACGCGCUAAAUGCAACAAUUAAUAGCGUACGGCAUUGCAUAACGCUUAAUGAAAGCGAUGUACGAAAAGUGGAGAGCGAGAUUGUCGCAUUCGCGAAGGCUAAGGAAAAAGCUUUCGCUAAUCAACUUAAGAGUACGCGUGGAACUUUACGUGAGCUCGAAAAAUUUCGUGAAGAUCAAGAAUCGGAUAGAACGGUUGCACGCAACGAGUACAAAUUGUACAAUAUAAACCAGACACAGCAGCUGCAGUUUGAAGCCGAAAGAAUUGAGUCUGAGAUGCAUCAUGUGUCAGUAAGUCUAGAGAAUGUUAAUGCUGAAAAGUCGGAGAUUGAAGCUACGAUUGAAGGUCAAUGCAGCACGGAGUUUGCGAUUCAGGCUAGAUUGAUGGAAGAAAAAAAUGCGGUGGAAGAGGAAGUGCGCGAGCUAGAGCAAAAGCUUAAGGAGAAGCUAGAGCGAGUAAAAAAGAUUCAAUCAUCGAUUGACCAUGCGCAACGUGACAUCAACACUGUCCGAAAACGUUAUUCUCGUCAACUGAAGCGCAUUGCUGAUCGUGAGGAAAGCAUUCAAAAGACUAAGGCAGAAGUGGAGUCAGAUGGACGGCAUCUUGAGAAGCAGCGCUCUGAAUUUGAGACCCGACUUAAGCAAUACACAGAUGAUAUUUCACUAAUUGGAAAGCGUAUUGGCGCUGUCAAAAAGGAAAUGCGUGCUGCUGCAUUAUUAGCAAACGUUUUGGAGGUGCAGGAGACUCGGCGGGAGCAAUCAAUGAUUCGCAAGAAGCAGCAGGCGGCGGAACUUAGCUCGCUCAAUGAUGCGGCUGCGGUUGCCGAGCAGAGCCUUAUGAUGCUAAAUAAUCAGCAGGAGGAACUUCAAAAGUCGUCGUCUCUUCACAGAAAUGCUAUUGCGUCUGCAGAAGCCAUGAUUCCGCGCUUAGAGCAGGAAAAGAAAGGUGCUGCUGCCCAGCGAAAUUUUAAAGAAGCAGCUCGAAUUUCUAAGGACAUAAAGGCGUUGGAAAAGGAUCGUUCAACAGCUGAGGAAAUGGUGGAAGUCGUGGAGAUGGAACUUCAAGAUUUGAAGGAGCGCAUCGACAAGCGGCAGGUGGAGUAUGAUGAAAAAAAGAAGGAGCUAAAAGAAGUAGAGAGGCGCCUUGAGCUCGCCGCUUUACAAGAGCUAUGGAAAGAAGCAAAGCAUUUACGCACAGCCUUGCGAAAAAUUGAGAGAUGUAAGAGUGAGGGAGAUGCUGCCACUGAUGGAAUUGAUUUUCGAUCGUCGGCACUAUUACUGGUUCAGGCCGAAUAUGAUGCAUGUAUGCUACAAGUGGAGACCUUCGAAAAAAAGUAUGACGUUUCUGAACCUACAAGAGAUGAAAGCAGUGACGAUGAUGACGACGACAUGUCUGUUGAUGGCGAAGAGAAUGAAAGAAGGGAUGUUAAUGAGGCUCAGCACUCGAUUUUGAAAGGAUCGACGAAUGACGUAGAUGGGUCAGAAGCUAGUAUGGAGGCGCUUGAAGAUAAUACCUUUGCUCUAGAGGAGAUUACAGCACAACUCGCUGAACUGGAGUCACGGAUUGAACAAGCCACGGAAAACGAAGAAUACGAUUUGGCAGCAAAGCUUGACGAAGAGAUUGAAUCGCUCAAAGAACGGAAGCAGGCGAUUGUAGCAUCGAUGCCUGUGAAUUCUGUUCGCAAGAACAGUUUGAUUGAAGAAGUUGCGGAAGAGGUUGUAAGCCAUGAAGUCUCUAAUGAGAUAGAUGAAGCCCAUGUGGAUUAUGCUCACGAAGAAAUGCUCAGCCCUGUGAGUACUGGUCGAUGUCAGGAAGAAGUGACGCAGACUUUAGAGACCAAUCAAUUACCAGCUUCGAUGCUUGAGACUCCUAUCGCGCUAGCAACGACUACUAACGACAAUAACAGUGCCAUCUUUCAUCAUGAGGAGCAGCAGUCGUUGCAAGAAGAAGAUAAGGCGUUCCGAAGCCAGCCUGAACCAAUAAAUACAGGGACUGUUUCGAGCAUUUUUGGAGGACUUGACGUAAAAAGCAAUAGCUUACUAUCUGCCGAAGCAGAUAAGAGCCAGGUACCAGUGUGUAACUCUCCAAUCGAUACACCUAAUGAUUCGGAAACUAGUGGAUCACUCUUUGGAGGGUUACAGAUAAGUCACGGUCCACGUGUGACUUCACCAGAAAUUGCAACUAUGGCAUCUGCUAGUGAAACGUAUGAACAUGAACCAGUAGUGGCACCAGCAGAAGUUUUUUCGCCUACUUCUUCCAAUAUGAAGGACUCGUUUUUUGGUCAACCUGAGGCAUCGACUCAUCAAGCUAGUUUGGUGGCGCCCUCUGCAUCUGGAUCACUUUUUAAUGGGAUGCACAUGAGUGGAAGCUUCCAUGUAAGCUCUUCCUCUAGCUCUAUAUCUGACGAAGCGGAAGCAAAUGCCGAAAAAUGUACCCAAAGCAUGGACGCUAGUGAUAAUAUGCAGCUAAGUUUAAGUGCAGACGCUGUUGGGGCUGAUGUACCAAGAAAAGAGGAGUCGAUUACUAUGUUUGGUGGGCUGCAGCUAUCAAAUCAUGUAGUCGACGCGGCCUCAUCCGAACCUGCUUUGACGACGGCACGUACUGAUAUCUUUGGGGGUCUUAAGCUGAGUAGCAGUGCGAAUGCUGCUUUGCCCAGUUCCAACGCGACAGAAUCUUGUGAUGACUUGAUUCGUGGCUUGCAGCUUAGUAGCAGUGCAGUGAUAGCUGCGUCAGAGCAUUCGGAGAUAGCGUAUUCUGCUCGUGCAGAGGAAGAAUCAGAUCAGUCCGCAGAUGAAGGAGAUACUCGCAUGUCGAUUCAUGAACUGUCGGAGCACGAAAGCAAGAGCGCAGUUGUUGACUUGAAGUCAUCUUCUACCUUGAUCGUAGCCAAAACGACCGAUACUCUGAAUUCAGAAGAGACAGAAUCUGCGAGUGGAUAA